AUGUCCUUUGGGGACAUAUCUUGCGCGUUAUCCCGAAAGCCAGGGAAGGCGCGAGUGGAUGUAUCGACAGAUGACCGAAAUAGGUUUGAGCUGAUGAAUGAUAUGACACCCAAACCGGGAGCAUACCUAGUCAUCGGGCUCAUGGUGCAUAAUCGCACGAAGGCGCCAAUGCUCAUCCUCGGAAGCGAUAUCAUCGCUGUCGUGAAAGCCAGUCGUGAGAAUGAUUUUGCUCGCGGCACUCAGGGAAAAGAAUUAUAUCUGCCCUCAAAGCAGCUCGAUGGAACACCGACGGUUGCACAAGCACUGAGCUUCGCCGAACUCGUGGCGCUCAAUGGGAAGACCGAGAGACAACCUGAUGAGGAGAGCAAUGCCACGGAGGGUGUGCCACCAGCGGCAGACGAAACCUCACGGGAAGCCCGCUCCGCAGCGCUCAUUGACGAGGACGCCUGCGCCGUUAUGCUCAAACCAACAGAACACGCCGUUCUGGAAAUUCAGUUCCGCUUGGGCGGUACAAAAGACAUCUCUCACCAGUUCCACGCAUGGUCGCUACUCGACCACUUCGUGGUACCCUGCCUAGUACCCUAUAGUCCAAUGCUCUCCGGCCCUUUUCGUGGCAGAUCGCGCUGCCCGACUGACCCGGCCGGGCAGGACGCAGUGGUAAACGUGUCUGCGCCCAUUGUACAAAGCGAUGUAGAUGCGUGGUUUGCCGACUUCCGAUUGCAUGGGGAGCAGGCGCAUGUCAAGAGCCAUUACGGGGAGUCGCGCGGGAAGAAACACGCGAUAGCUGAUGAUUUUGAGUCGGCAUUGUUACAGAUGAUGGGGAAUUGA